AGCGCUGCAGUUGUCUGCCCGGUCCUUUACUACGACGUCAACAGACCGAUUCCAGCAGAAUGUAUGAGCCACAGGCUUCCGAGUUUCAUGUGGUCUCCCUGAACAACAGUGGCUACUCCGCGCUUCAGACGAUAUCCGAAGGGAACAAUGCUUUCACGCUAGAUCUGUACAAGAGCUUAGCAGAGCAACCAGGGAAUCUCUUCUUUUCCCCUCUAAGUAUUCAGGUAGCCCUGGCACUUGUGUUUCUUGGAGCAAAAGGAAAUACAGCAAAAGAGAUCGCGGCGGGACUACACCUGCCAGAUGAAAGCAAACUGAUCGAGAAUGGCUUCAGAGCGCUAAUGACACAACUAAAUGAGUACGACGAGGUGACGCUUCAUAUCGCAAACAGGAUUUUCUUAAAGCAUGGCUUCAGAAUCAAAGAAGGCUUCAAGGCAUCUGCUGUCAGAUUGCUUUCUGGAGCUCAGGAAUUAGACUUCAGUCGCUCCGAAGAGGCGAGGUCUCAAAUAAACAAGUGGGUAGAGGAGCAGACACGACAGAAGAUAAGGAAUUUAGUACAGCCUGGUGUUCUGAAUUCUGAUACAAUAGCGGUAAUAGCGAAUGCAAUUUACUUCAAAGGCGACUGGGCAACAAAGUUUGACAAAAGAAGCACCUCACCGAUGCCUUUCCGUUCAGCAUCAACAACAGAUGUUCAGAUAAUGUUUGUGAAAGCCAAGUUCAGAUACACUGAGCUCCAAGUGCCCAACUCACAGAUACUUCUUCUGCCUUACAAGGGCAACAGGUUCAGCAUGAUGCUGGUUCUACCAACGGAAGUAGACGGCUUGCUUGACGUCGAGAAGCAGCUCACGGAUGCAAACCUCUUCGACAUUGCAGACCAGACGUUUAAACAGAUGGUCCAUGUGUACCUACCCAAGUUCAAAUUGGAGUACGAAAAAGAACUUGAAGGGAGCCUUCAAACACUCGAGAUGAGGUCCAUGUUCGAUGUGAACAAGGCCAACUUCAGUGGCAUCAGUGAUAAGGAGCAUCUGGUGGUGAAUCAAGUGCUGCACAAGGCGUUCAUUGAAGUCAGCGAGGAGGGGACGGUGGCCGCAGCGGCAACAGCUGUUACGAUCGUCACCUACUCUGCCUGGAAUGCGCCGACCGUGUUCAAGGCUGACCACCCCUUCACGUUCUUCAUUCUAGAUGAAGAGACAAGAACUGUACUCUUUGCUGGACGGGUCUGUGCCCCCACUACUUAA